AUGGCGCAAAACCGCCCGACAGCGGCUUUCAAUACUCUCCGGAUGGGAGAAGUCAUCCGCGAAAAGGUACAGGAUGGAGUGACCGGCGAGACAAGAGACUUGCAAUAUACGCAGUGCAAAAUUGUCGGCAAUGGUUCCUUUGGUGUCGUCUUCCAGACGAAGCUUUCCCCGUCCGGCGAAGAUGCUGCCAUCAAGCGGGUGCUUCAGGAUAAAAGAUUCAAGAAUCGAGAACUCCAAAUUAUGCGAAUUGUUCGACACCCGAAUAUCGUACAGCUAAAGGCCUUUUAUUAUUCCAACGGAGAGCGUAAAGACGAGGUAUACCUGAAUUUGGUACAGGAAUUUGUACCAGAGACCGUUUACCGAGCCUCGCGCUUCUUCAACAAAAUGAAGUCAACUAUGCCGACUCUUGAAGUCAAACUUUAUAUCUAUCAGCUUUUCAGAGCCUUGGCCUACAUUCAUUCCCAAGGAAUUUGCCACCGUGACAUCAAGCCACAGAACCUCCUAUUGGACCCGAACACCGGCAUACUAAAGCUGUGCGAUUUCGGAAGUGCAAAAAUCUUGGUUGAGAAUGAGCCUAAUGUUUCAUACAUAUGCUCUAGAUAUUAUCGAGCGCCCGAGCUCAUCUUUGGUGCCACUAAUUACACAACCAAGAUCGAUGUUUGGUCGACGGGCUGUGUUAUGGCAGAGUUAAUGCUGGGCCAGCCACUGUUCCCCGGAGAAUCUGGGAUCGAUCAGUUGGUAGAGAUCAUUAAAGUGCUGGGGACUCCAACUCGAGAGCAGAUUAGAACUAUGAAUCCGAACUACAUGGAGCAUAAAUUCCCGCAGAUCAAGCCUCACCCGUUCAGUAAGGUGUUCCGUAAGGCAGACGCGAAUGCCCUGGACCUGAUAGCAAGGUUGCUGGAAUAUACGCCAACAGAACGCCUGGGUGCGAUUGAUGCUAUGGUGCAUCCUUUCUUUGACGAACUUCGGGACCCCAACACCAAACUCCCGGAUUCGCGGCACUCAAGCGGUCAAUUAAGAGAUCUACCAAAUCUAUUCGACUUCUCGAGGCACGAAUUGUCCAUCGCACCACAGCUCAACCAGAAGCUCGUCCCUCCUCAUAUGAAGUCGAUUUUAGCAUCCCGCGGUCUCGAUAUAGAUAAUUUUACACCUAUGGCGAAGUCAGAAAUGAUGGCCAAGCUAGACUGAAUUACCGUCGCUGCUUACGCUCUCGUUUCACGUAUGUAUGCAUCGUCGCCCCGGAUUUCGCUACAGCAUCCACUCACUAGCUGGGCCUGCAAUGGCUUGAACUCGCCGGACCGACGUUUAAUUAAAUCCGCCGGAUUGACAAUAGCGAUUCCUCGACCCUCUGUGUGCAUUUAAAGGGAGGACAAUCCAACAUAUGAGUUAGGAGGGACGGGUUCUCCAGAAGUUUGGUGUGCUGUGGAAGUUUCCAAGGUGUUGAUAAGCCUUUGAGCCUCCACUUACUCGGUUCUAGUAUCUCGAUUGUAGCAACAAGGGACGAGUUCUUCGGUAUUAGGCGCACAAACUGGAAGAUGGCACGCACCGGACGUUUUUAGACUUCUGCUAUGCAUGACCGAGACGGCAUUUGCUUUUAUUUGUCUUGUUCA